AUGACAUAAGAAAAAGAAUUCUCUUCUAGAGACUUGCUUGAAAUUAAUCCUAACGAGCUUAUAGAAAUCAAGAAACUUUCUAUAAAAUUCGAAUCAAAUCUUUAUCAGAAUGAAUUAUUUGUAUCUUAAAAUGAAGGCUAUUUAAGUAGUUUAAAUAAUUUAUCAGAUUUAACACUAAUUUUCGAGUCCAAUUGCAAUUUAGGAUUAGAAGGAUGGAAUUCUAUUCUUAAAUCAGUUUAAUAACUCACUUAAUUAGAAAAGUUAGUCAUACAGGUUUAAGAGUUAUGCUUUUUAGAAGACCAAGGCUUUAAUUUACUCAAUUUUACUAUUUCUUCUCUUAAGAAAUUAAAAAAACUCGAAAUAGAAAUUCAAAAAUCAAAUUACAUUUCCCAUUCAAGUUUAUAAAAUUUUGUCCAAUUUUUGAAUAACACAAAGUAUCUCAUUGAAUUAAAACUCAAAAUAGAUGAAUUGUAGCCAAAAAACUCUGAGACAAAUAUCGAAAUCUGGUAAGGAUUGUAAUAAUUAGAGCAAAUUGAGAGCUUAGAUUUAGAUUUAGACUUGAGAUAUUAAGACUAGAAUGAAAUUGAUCAGCUAUUUCAAUCAAUUUUAACAUUCAAAAAAAUAACAAAAUUAAAUUUAGCUCUGAGAAUAUUAACUAGUUGCUCAAUUUCAAGGAUAACUCAUUUUCUUUAGUAAAUGAUUAGCCUAACUGCGCUUAAGCUAAAUUUUAAAGAUAUUUCUUUAAAUUUGGAUGAUAUUCUUCACAUUUCUACUUUUUUUAACAAAUUAACAAAUUUAGAAGAAAUUCAUCUUGAAAAUCUCCAGAAUUAGAAUAAAGAUUUAGGUUUUUUUAAUGACGAAUAUUUCUAAUCUCUCAGCCAAUUAGCUAAACUGAAAAGUCUGAAAUUAGAUUUUGAUAAGGUUGGCUCUAGAAAUUCUUCACAAUCAGAAGCUGUGGUAUGCAAAAGUCUAGAAAAUAAAAGUCAGUUAAAUAUUCUCGAGUUAAUUACAACAAAUCAUUAGCUUUAUGAAGAAACAAUUACUAAAAUUGCACAAUAAAUUUAUUUUAAUUGUGAUAAAUUGAAGUAAUUAAAUUUUUAAAUAAAAACUAAAAUAAGCUUAAUAGGUUAUUAAAAUUUAUCAGAAUCGUUUAAGCAACUAAAUUAAUUGAGCGAAUUGAAACUAAAUCUUUACUUUGAAGAUGAUACAACUGAGGGUUAAAACAAGCUAUUAAAUUCGCUAAGUCACUUGAGUAAUCUGAAAGAUUUGAAUUUAAAGCUUAAUUAUAAUUUUUAUACAAAUGUGUAUAGGUAAUAGUCACACUUAGCUUUCUCAUUUUUAAAAUAAAUAAAGCUUGUUAGGUUCUAAUUAGCCAUAGAUUGUAUGAUUGCUAAUGAAGAAUUUAUUUAAUUAGGAGAAGGUUUGCAAAAUUAAGAUAUUCUUGAAGACUUAGUUUUGAGUAUUUCAUUUUUGAGACCAUAAUUUGGAUAAGUAAUUUAAUUGGAUUAAAUCUAAUCAGUAGAAGCAUUUGUUGAUGGAAUUAAGAGCCUUUAAAACCUUAAAAAGUUAGAUUUUUAUAUCUAAUUUAAUCAGAGCUUUAGCCAAGACCAAAUAAAUUAAAUUAUUUAGUCUCUUUAACACCUUUAGAAUCUGGAAGAAAUUAACAACCUUGCUUUGAAUACUGAUUUUGAAACAUUCGAGGAGCUAUCAUAAACAAUAAAAAAGCUUUGCAAUUUAAAAAAAUUGAUAAUUAGGAGAUUUUAGAUAGUUGAUUAAGACUAUUCUAUUUCUUUCAUAAAAAGCAUCCAAAAUUUAAAAGAUUUACAACAUUUAGAUUUAGGAUUAAGUGUCUAUCCUUAAAGCUGGGAAAAAAGACUUGAUAUAGAAAACGCUCUUUUAAAUUUAACUUAACUAAAGACACUUAAUUUAUAAGUCCUGAUAUAAGAAGCUGAUAGUUAUUUCAAAGACAUAUUUAGAGGAUUGAAGCAUCUUAAAAAUUUAAAUUAGCUAGAGAUUAACUUUGAUCAAAUAUAUUUGACAGAUUCAGAUGCAUUAGAGUUCAGAGAAGCUUGCAGCGGCUUACUAAGUUUAUAAUAAAUAAAUAUUAUAAAUCUUUUGUUUCAUGAUACAGAUUUCACCAAAGAAGGAGCUAUUUAUUUUCAGCAAGGAUUAUAAAAACUAAAAAAUUUAAAAUCUUUUGUUGGAAAUUUCAUUAUAUCAAUAAUAGAUGUAGCUAAGGCUUUUGAUAGUCUUUUAAAUUAAAUUAACUUAAAUAAAUUAGAUUUCAAAGUUCAUAGUGAAUAUGUUAGACCUUAAAUAGAUUCAGAAAUCAAGCAAACAGAGUAAAUUUAACUAGAAGAAGAAGAAGAAGUUUUAAAAUAAGAAGAAAAUCAUAUUUAAAAAUACAGAGGAAUAACUUAAUUAACUGCUAGAUUUUAAAAUAAUUUUGAAUCCUAAGUAGAUGACAUAAGCUAAUUUUACUCUAAGUUGGUUAAUCUUUACAACUUGAAUUAUUUAAUCCUCUCCCAUAGUUGGUUCUAUGACUAGUAAGUGGAUUUCGCAAACAUUUUAAGAAACAUCACCAAUUCAUUUUCACAUUUUUAGAAGCUUCAAACUCUUGAAAUUUCUCUAAGUAACUGCUCACUCAACUUAGAAAAAACCAAUAUAGAAAAUUUAAAGUAUUUAGUAAACUUAUAAAUACUUAAAUUAGGUUUCUCUAAAGUUUCAAUUUAUCAAGAUUAGCUUCUUUUUUUGCCUUUGUAAUACCUGUAAAAUCUUUAAUAGCUAUGUCUUUUCUUUACUGCUGAAACACCAAUUUAAAAAUUAGGUGCUUAAGCUCUUGGUAAUAGUUUAAAAUUUUAAGCUUAGUUGAAUUUGCUUUAAUUAGAAUUUGGUGAAAACUCUAAAAUUGAGUAGGAAGGUGCUGUGGAAUUAGGUUUAGGUCUGAAAGGCUUAUUGAAAAUUUAAUAUCUUUCUCUUAAAUUUGGUAAUAAAUGUGAAAUAGGCAAUAGUGGUGCAUAGGCAAUAGCAUAAGGACUUAGCUAAUUAUCCACUUUGCACUUUUUUGAUUUGUAAAUAGGAUCUUCAAACAAUAUAAGUCCGGAAGGAGGAUCUGCUUUAGCCUCUUCUAUUAAGAGUAUGCAGAAACUUAAAGAUCUUGUAUUCAUUAUUAGCAAUGGAAAUAAUUAAGAUUAAACAUUAUUAGAUUCAAUUUCUCUAUCAUUAAAUUAGCUUAGAUAUAUCUAACGUGUCUCAUUUAGCUCUUCUUUCUGUGAGUAUUUCAGAUACUGCCCCAAAUAAUUGAAACAACUUUUUUCUAACGAAAUUUUUAGUGAAACUUCUUUGUAAAUCUACAAUGAUUUAGUUGAGCAAUCGAUAAUAGAAUUAAAAGGAAGAUAAAACUAGCAAAUAUAACUUUCAUUUUAAUUUGAAAAAAUAUAAAAUUACUCCCCUCACAUUGAAAUAGAGUCUUUGGAAGAAAUUUAAAUAGAUAACUCAGUUUCUUUAUAAUUUAACUUCAAAAAUUAAUAAGAAUCUGAUUACUAUUAAAAAACUAAAGAAUAAAUUUUGAAAAUAAAAUCUAAAAAAUUAACAAUUUAAUUCCAACAAGGUAUAUUUAAUGAUCACCAAUUAACCUAAAUUGUUCUUCCAUCACUUAAUAAUUAAAAUUUGCAGUAUUAUAAAUUAGAAAUUUCAUAGCUUUAUUAAAUUGAAGAAGAAUAUUUUGUGUAAAUCGCUUAAUUGAUAAGCAAACUUAAAAUCAGUCAUUUAAUAUUCCAAUUUUAAGGUUCUUAAUCUGACCAAAUUUACAAAAAGAUAAUGUAAAACCUUUCAAACUCUUAACAUUUAUAUAAAAUCGAAUUAAAAGGAAAUAUCAUAAACGAAAAACUUGUCAUCUAAUAGCAAAAAUACAUGAAAAUACUUGUAGACUACAAGCAAGAAUUUUUAUAUUUUUGA